CGAAUAAGUGAUACUGAUGGAAUAAUUUCUAAGCCACUUUAUAUGAUACUUGAAUAACAUUCCUUUAUCAUUUAAUAUCUAAACAAGACCAAUCAUUUUAUAAAUAGAACAAAAAUUCUCAAUACAUCACUUUUACAAUCUUUACAACUAUGGAUUUUAAUCAUUAAAUGAUAUAAAUCCAAACGUGAAAAAUUGUUCUUUGAUGUAUAAUAAGCCACACUCAAUUCAUAUUUUAUACAUAUUAUUUUAGAACUCUAAGAGAACUAAAAACAAUAACAUUUAUAUCAUCAUUUUUCCAACAGUUUCCAUGUAUUUGAUCGACGUUUCAGUCAAGGACCUCGAAUCUCCCACUGCAAAUGGAUCAGGAGAACGAACCAUCUCACAAAGUUUCUGCACACGAGAAGAGGAGUGGAAGUCCUAUAAUUGCUGCUAUAGAAAAUCGAGAUGCCAAGAGGCGGUCUAUUGGACUGGCAGAGGAUUCUUCAACCAUGCUUGCUGAAUCUCCUGAGUUUACAAAGCUUGAUCCUCCUCCUCCUUGUGCCUUGGACCCGAGCAAAAGUCCGGCUCCUAGAAUUCGCCGAACGAAACAACAACUGAAAGUCUCUCUUUCCUACUGUUUUUCUCAGCUGAAAGUUUUUAAUUAAUCAGCGACUAAAAUAAAGAAUUACUUUGCUAAUGAUUUAGGACAUGGGUUCAAUACUUGGAUGUAUUGAUGAUGAAGAUCACGGAUUGGAGACCUUUAUUUAUUGCAUGACUAAUGUGAAUGAUACAAAAGCUGCAGAGGAUGUGCUGAUAGCUUCAGGAUAUGAAAAGGGCUCUAAAGAGUAUAUGGUGCGAUAUAAUUCGUUGAUGCAGAAUCAACGGUCAUAUGGACUCACUGUGAAAAGAAAGAACCGGAUGGCAGAUAUUAGCGGGGGCGUGCGUGUGGAAGCUGUAUUGAAUGAAGAUGGCAGAUAUGUAUUUGGUAAGGUGCAAAAGUACCGGAUGGGUUGAUGGUAGAGUAUCCCUUGCUCCCUUCUAAUUGGUACUCCAAUGACUGCUUUACCGGUGAUGGAACUGUUUUGGGAAUUGGGCAGUCUAUUGCCAUAUCUGUAUGAGUAUUACUUAUUAUGAUUAUUCCAUUUUUGAGUAAGUUGAUGUGCAUGUUUUGGUUAAUUACUCUCUCUAUAUUACUCCGCAGUAUAGAAAAGACACACUCUCUUAUGUGGGAAAUGGACUCUUAUUAAUAUGGAGUCAUGUACACUAAAAGCAUAAAAGUUACAAGGAG